CGCUAGUCCUGCAGCCUGCAGCCUCGAGGGCACGCAGGGGAUGUAGUGUGGCGCAUGCGCAGUGCGGCGGUGGGGAUUUCCAGCGGAACAUGACGGUAAGAGGCGCUGGGUGAUGGGGAGGAAGGCGGCUCGUUAAUGGAUCUAACCAGCACUGCAUGACACUGAACGGGCAUGUUUACAUUCACGUCUUGUUCUUAUUGAGCGUUGGACAUGGUGUUUCUAAUGUGUGCUCCUCUCUGCAAACCCUGAUCUUCAACCUCAUGCAGAGGGAAAAGCCUGGCAGUGAGGGCUUAAUAAGUUGAGGACUUUCCAUCCAGCACCCAAAUCAACCACCUUCUCAUGUCAUGUUCCUCCUUUUGAGGUCUUUUGGCUAAUGAGGAACCCAGAGAUGCCCAUUACAAGCCCUGGGCAAGGCGUACGCCCAAAUUAAACCAAUCACAUCUUCACUUUCAUUAUUCCAAAUAGCUCCUUUGGAGGAUGAUUGCAGCUUGCUGAUUUUUCCCACCACACUGCACCGUUGGCCCAGGCCUGUCCAGUGGGAGAGAAGCCCUGGGCAAGGCGUACGCCCAAAUUAAACCAAUCACAUCUUCACUUUCAUUAUUCCAAAUAGCUCCUUUGGAGGAUGAUUGCAGCUUGCUGAUUUUUCCCACCGCACUGCACCGUUGUCCCAGGCCUGUCCAGUGGGAGAGAGGUCUUGAGAUGGCAAGGGGUCCCGUUUAAAGAAACUCCUGAAUUGUAGGAUAAGAGGUUGCAUGCUAAGCAGCCCUCUGCCACCAAUGGAUGCCAAGUUGCGAGAAGAUCUAUUCCGCAGGUAUGUGGCGUCUUUGGAGAAUCGGCUUGAGGAGAGAGCCGGUGAAGGAGGAGGAGAUAAGCAAGGAGCCAAGACUGAGGAGGCACUGAUUUCUACUGCAACAGCACUGUUAGGCUCUUACCAGCCUGAUCCAGGGCAGCGCUUUCGCAUGAUUCGGUUCUAUGAAAUUGCUGAGAACUCCCUGAGGACUCAAAGGAGCGCAAACCUGCGGACAUUGGAGACAGCCUUUGCAACACUGGAAACCAUCUGUACCAACUUGCUGCUCUUUCCAUGGAAGAAGGAGUUCCGCUGCAUAAAGACCUUCACAGGGCCGUAUGUGUACCAGUUGCAGUCGGUGAUAUGCGACGCAGACUUGCGUCCACUGCUGCGUUCCAUGGGCUAUUCAAGAGACCAGGAAUUGCAGUACCAUGUUAGGGACCAUCCUGGUGGAUCCUCCCACCUCCGGCAGCUCGCCUUUGAACUGCUUCUCGCCCAGGCUGAAUGCCGUCUACUCGGUGAGGUGGUGUCCAUGUCUCGGGGUCUUGCCUCAGAGCUGGAGGCCAUGGAGGUGAGGAGGAACACCAGAGAAGAUGCGGCAGGGUGCGCUGAUGCCCUCCGCCGACGAGACAGCCUUACAGGAGACUUAUCCCGCCUGUCGGUGCGGCCGGUGGAUAUUGACCGCGCCCACCUAAGGCGAAGCGGACGGCCAUCCAAGUCGGUGGAUGUAACAGACAGCGCAGGACACUGGCACCAAGCCAGCAAGCCAGUGCUGAAGGCCUCGCUCAGCCUACGCAAAGAGCCAUUGUUCGUCGACACGGAAGAAGACUUGAAGGAUGAAAUCAUCCGACCGAGCCCUUCGCUUUACCCUGUGGCAGCGCCGCCCUCUUACAGCCCAGUGGCUGACUUCUUCCCGAUUCAGUCGCCCCCGUCUGAGCCAUACUCCUACCACUUGUCCUCCCUGGAUGAGGUGGACUUGUACACUGAACGGGGUUUGGGUGGUCACCAGACGCCCUCUAGGCCACAGAGCCGGGAGCCUCGAGAGUCCCGGGACAGUUGGGUUCUGAAGGGACAUGUGAUGAAGUGCCAGGGCUGCGGCAUGGGCUGUCCUUCACUUUCCUCUUGCCAGAGGUGCGACAUGAUCUUGUGUUCGUCCUGCCAUGCAGUGGAACCGGCGCCUUGUUGCGGCUUCCAGGAUUACACUAAAACUUCCCGCCCUUUGGAUGGCUACAUGCCCAUCAAGGAGAAGUUGUCCGUCUACUCCAACACUCACUCGCACACUCACCCUCACCCGCUUCCCCACGCUCAGUCCCACUCGCUGUUGCUGGACAAAGCUGUGAUGAGCACCAAGCUGUUUCCCAGUAAACCCGUGGGUUCGGGCAGCAGUCCGGUGGUCAGCUCCAUCAGCAGUGGGGGUGAGCGGCUGAGUGUGGGCGGCUCCCGCUGUGGCUUUUGCAACAAGCCAGGGGCCUCUCACACCUGUGUGAACUGCUCCAAGGUGUCAUGUGAGAUGUGCAUGAGCCUUUACGGCAGUGAUGUGUGCACCCGCAAAAAUCCUCAUCAUAACUUUGUGCCCAAUCAUCAACUCAAUUUCAAGUCCAGCACCAUAUCCCACCUCGUGUAUCGAUAGACCAGGAACACAACCGUGCUACAGUUGUGCACUACACCUCUGUUGAUCUUUUUAUCUCUGCUUUUUCCACCCUUGUUUUUUUUGUUAACCUUUUCCUGCUUCCUUUCUCAGUUGGCAGUUGUUUGGUUUUGGUCAUGUGAUCUUGCAGUGCAUUUCCUGUCCCUCAGUAGCUCUACUUUAUCAAGGGAAAAAAAACUGUUUGACCGGAGAAUUCCAUUCAGUAUCAAUGCUUGUUAACGUGAAAAAUAACCAUGCAGCACAUAGAAACUGUGAAUGUUUUGCACAGACUUAACCCUGGAACUGAAUCGAGUAAGUUGGAACUUCUCAAACUUGAACAAAAGAAAAAAUAAAUAAAUAAAUUACACUGGAAGUAAAUAGUAUAUAUUUUGAAUUGUGAAUCUAUAGAUCUAUGUAAGACUAUCGCUCUCAUGGUGGGGUGGUUUUCCAGUUGAAUGGGGCUUCAGUUGUGAGUUUGUAUCAGAACUUCUAGUUGCUGUUAAGUCACUAUAUCGAGUCCUCUGACAAGAAAUGCCUUGUGGGAUUAACCCCUAAGAAGUCAGCCUACGCUGUUCAAAAUGCUGCUGUUGAAAGUAAAACCAGGAGGGGGCGCACCUGGCCUCUAACAUGUUUUGCAAACACCAUGAAACUCUUCUUGGUAAACUCCAUGAACAUACUAUGAUUAUGUCAGUAUAUAUUUGUUUUCCUCUGUCCAGGUUUCCUUUAUAAUGUUGUAACCUGUUAAAAUGUUAAGUAAUUGAAAUGGAGAAUAAUUUAAUAUUUUGCUACAAUGACUGUCAUUAGAAACGAUUAUUUUUUGUUAAUUAAUUGUACAAUAUAUUUAUGAUUGUGUGUACGCAUACCAUGAUAAACUAAAGUGUUACAACUGGGUGAAUGUCACAAAUUAUUUUAUGGGUCAUAUUUUACCCCACAAUCCAAAGAAGAUAUGAUAUUUUACAUAGAGAAAACAAUAUUCUCAUUACUGCAGUGCAAAAAUACAGAGAUGCAGUAUUUAAACACUUACUUCAUGAUCCAGAAUAUAUAUAUAUAUAUAUAUAUAUAUAUAAAUAUAUAUAUAUUAUUUAUCUUAGAGUAAAAUAUGACUUGGACAAGUUUUUUUUGUGAGAUUCACCCUAAUUGGCCAGAUUUUUCCUUGAAGAUAACACUAAUUAUAUAUA